CUUUCUGUCACUUUCUCUGUUUAUUCCUUUUUUUCUGCUGGGGCAGAGAGCUCCUCCCAUAGUCCCAUGGCGACACCAGAAGAGCUGCCGUUUCAGACGGAUUGGAAAUAUUAAACGAGUCCACUUCUGGGGUCUAAAUCCAGAACCAAAUCAGCUAUCUCCACUGACGAUCUCAUCUUGCGGGCGACGCUCUCUUUCUCUCCAGGGCAUUACCUAGUUCAGUAUUAAUUCCUGAGGUGCUCAAUGGAAAUUAUUUUAGUCAUUUCACUUAUUUUGCUGCUUGUACUGGGGGCUCUCUUUGUUAUUCCAAGAUCCAAUAACAAUGGUAAAGGAAAGGAAGUACAAUCAAGAAACAGUGGAAUGACAUCUAGGAGCUAUACAAAGAAGGAGGUAUCAACUCACAACACAAGGAAGGAUUGCUGGAUCAUAAUCAAGGACAAGGUGUACAAUGUAACCCCUUACGUCGAGGAACAUCCAGGUGGUGAUGAAAUUCUAAACAAUGCUGGUGGUGACUCAACAGAGGGAUUUUUGGGCCCGCAACAUGGCCCAAGAGUCUUUGACAUCAUCGAAGAUUUCUGCAUCGGCAAACUGAAUGACUGAUGAUAGAUGGGAGAUGCCCCAGAUUCUCCAAACUCCAAAUGUGAAACCUUGCCUUGUCCACAAGGAGUGAAUGUUUCAUGCCUGUGACAAGAACUUGCCCAGUUUUGUGGCUCUCAUUUCAUAUUUGACCUGGCACUCUCUUACUAGUAGUGAUGCCUGGACUAUAUUUAUGAGUUCUCAAUGUUUUUCUGGAUUUAUCUCUUCGAAAAAAAUGUCUCCUUAAUCCUUAUAUUUAUGGAACUUUCUUAGAUAAGACAACGAACUUUACCAACUUUUGUAUUUAUUGUUACUACCACCAUGACAAUGAAAGGCAUUUUUUUACUUGGUCCAAUUCUCCCCUGGCCAUGUA